GGAACACAGCUCCUAUGUGCUUCAGGAACUGUGCCAACGCGCAGCAGCCCGGUGCACUCAAAGGGAUUAACACGGCUCUCCAGCGCGCAAAAAGAAGUUUUAAACAGCAGAAGACUAACUUGGGAGGAUAACGGUAAGCAAGAUGAAGAUUUUAAUACAUUUGUAUUCAACAUAUGUUCUCUAAGAUUCAUGCAGUAACUAUUUGGCAGGAGAGUUACGCUGUGCAUUUUAUGAUUUGCAUGACUCUGCAAAAGUAAGACGGAAAAUACCUGACCAGAUCCACAGACUUUAAAUACUAGAUAUAAAUUUGUAAGUAUGACACCCCUCCUGGGGAGCCUCUUUUAUUUUAGUUGGAUGUAUUGAUUCACUCCUCUAGUCUGAAAAUACACACUCAUAAAUCUCAGAUUUUAGUGCUGGGUUGCCUGCCAUACUACAGUGGCUUUUGGAAAGACACUGCCAUUCAUUGUAAGUCUCACUGGCUGAGUAAAUGUCAAUGAGAAGCACCUCCCACCAGGAAAAAUGAUAUAUUUAGUCCAGGUUUAGUGUAAAAGGUGAAAAAAAUUAGAAUAAAUCUGGUAAAUGUACUUAUCUGUAUAAUUAAAACCAAAACUUCAUAAGAUCAGGAAUUUUUGAGGUCUAGGAGGAAAAGGACUCUUUUGUAUAACUUUACAAACAUCUAUAGAUGCAAACUUAUUAACCACACUACACGUUGUGAUAUUAGUUGUGUUUAUGAUCAUCCGCGUGGAGAGGUGGAUCCGAGGUCAGCUCCUCCUCGUAUCAGACGCCAGGUGCAGAGAGGCCUCAGCUCCCAUACACAAGAUGUGGAUAUAAACCUGUGUGUCUGUUUCUUCUGCUCUGUCUGUCACUCGGGUAUAAAAUUCAUGAGAGCUAUGAGAAGGGCACAGAGAGAGAAGCUGGUAGAGGUUUAGUGUGAAAAAGGGGCACGGGGGAGAGGAGGAGGAGAAGGAGGAGGAGGGUGUGGUGCCCCGAGCUGGCACAGUGUGUUGACAUAGAGGCAGUGCCAGACCUCAGCCGCCUUUUCAGCAAGAGGGAAUGGGAUUCAAGGAUAAGAGCAACCAAGCGAGUUAAGGCUUGGUUUAUUUUCUCUUUCUUCACUGAUCACACAAAGUGACGGCUCCUUUUACCUAGUAGUCGUUUAUGACUUUGAUAUUAGGUUUAGCUCUAAUCCUGGAUAUCAUCCCUGUUUUUGUUGCUGUCCAGACAGAGGUCAGACGCAGGGUCAGUUAAAAACUUUGCCCCUGGUUAUGUUAGGAAUGUAGUCUUUUGUUCAAAGACAGUUCAGCAGGGGGAAAGCCUGUCAGGUCUCUCUCCUCAGUGUCCCACCCUGCUGCUCAGUUUUGUCAGAAAAUAAUCAGAGAGAUUGAAGAGAGGAGGAUAGAGUAUUUCUCAGAGUACAACUACAGGUGUAGCAGUGUUAUGAUUCACACUGAGGCUCAAUUUACUCCUUUUGAUUCGUAUUAGCAGGGGUGUAUAAUUACUAUCAGGAUAGAGUUGACCCUUAGGUUACAGAGGUUUAACUGUGGUGCAGUUUAAGUGAAGUUUGUGUUAACAGGAAAGUUACUGUAGGCUUACAAAAUACACAAUGGUGUCUUAAAAGUUGCACAUGAGGGUUGGUAUUGCAGAGGCACUCAGGAAUCAUGAUGAUGAAAGUGAGAUGUUUCAAUAUCUUGUGCAAAUAAUGAAAGUAUCAUGAUGAUGCAAGAGCAAGAAGAAAGGAAACCUACAAUACUUACAUAAAAAUCUAUGCAUGACAUUUCCAUUGAACUGUAUGGUCACUAUUGAGGGCAUGAAAAGGGGAUACUGUAAUGUUAAUAUUUGUGUUCACACCAUUUACAUACACAAGGGAAAAAGAGUGUUGGAAUCACACAUCAGUAAUAUGCUGCUCUAGAAAUGAUUAUUUACAUGAACAGUUCAAACCUCAGUGUGAACAAUAAGUCUAAAUCCACAGCUAGUCCUAAGAAAGAAUACCAACAGGUAGGACUGGGCGAUAAAACGAAAAUUUACAGAUACUGAGAUUUACGACAAUAACUGAUGUCAUUUUGCCCAUAUCGGUAUAAUCAGUGUCAAAAAAUAAAUAAAUAAAAGUUAGUUUUGGAUGUGUGUAGGUAGGCUAUGGUCUCAUGUCCCUUUAAGACGCUGUCCUACAUCUGCGACAUGGCUCCACCCCAUCCAGAGAGAAAGACAGAUGAGGAGAUGGAGGACGGUUCAAAGUUAACGUAGGAGGGGGUUAGCAGCUUGUGGAGUAGUUGUCGUUCAUUUAUCGUUAUCAAGGUGAACUGCUCAAUAUAUCGUGAUAUUGAUUUGAGGCCAUAUCGCCCAGCCCUACCUACAGGGUUGUUGUGCAUCAGUUGUUUCAGUACAUCUCUGAAACCUCUGAAUUUCAGAUGAUGAUAAAAAGUGACUUGUGUGUUUUUGUGUGUUGUGCACCAGACUUGUAUUUAACCUGCAUGUUUCUAUGGGUGUAUAACUCUGUGCAUUCAGCUGAAAUAUUGGUUAAAAAGACAGGAAUCCACACCCUUAUUUUGCAAUCUGUGCUCUACUAUGUUGGGUCACCCAGCGGGAAAAGAUUGAUCAAAUAUUUCCUCCCUGCAGGUUGUGUCUGAGACUCUGAGGAUUAGUUCUCUUCCAUCAUCUGAAAUUCCAGCCCGAGACAGCUGAACUGUCAGAAUGAUCUGCGCUGCUAUGACCUGGCUCUAUGUCCUGUGCCUCUCCCUCCUGCUGGUGUGUGUCAAGGACUCGGCCUCCCUCUUUCUGCCGGACUCAAAGGAGCUCAGGCAGCUGCUGAGUCGCUAUGAAGAGGAAGCAAACCAGAGCAACGACAGCAACGUGGCUGGCAACCGUACCAGACGAGCCAUCCCCUGGUCGGACCGUGAGGAAAUCCUCCAGCUGCACAACAAGUUGAGAGGAGGCGUCUAUCCCACUGCCUCCAACAUGGAGUACAUGGUGAGACAUGUCCCACUGCCCCAGUGAUGUUUAUCUCUGUUUCAAUGAAGACAAAAAAACAAAACAUUUUAUCUUGUCUUGACCUGACAAAUGCCAGAGUUUUCCUAAAUUUUUUCUGUCUAUUCUCACAUACUUUUUUUAAGAGUAGUAAGUAAGGAUGUUUGAAAUUGAUUUCUUUCCGGGGUGUAGUCAUUCCUCUUUCAAGACAGAGAGACUCACUAAUCCCUCUUCACUGUGAUCUCUCAUAGAGUAAUAAAUAUCUACAUUUCUACCUGUUUGCAUGACCCCGUUGUAUCCUAUCAGCACAUCAUUGUCAUGAACUCUUACCUCUUUCUCUCUGCUACAGUAAAUAUUUGUGGCAUGAACAUGUUUUAACUUUUUUUAAGGGGUCAUGUUGAUUUAUCAAGCGUGGCUAACACCGGCAGAGCUAGCACCAACAGCAUUUGCUCCCUCUUGAUGGUUAACGCCCAUGUGCCUGUGUUGAUCACACAUCACUGUGGUCAAGUGAUUAUAUGCCAGUUUAACCUGACACAGCCCACAAUUAACCUUAUCUUUACUUUGGGGAUCCCAAUGCUGCAAAAUGUGCCAGGCUGUAAGAUGCUGUCUGUUAUCUGUGCAUGUUUACAUCCAGGUAGUAGAGCAUUGGCAAGUGGCAAGGCACAGCUUAGACACGGCAUAUGACUGGGAGUGAUAAAAAAUCUCAAUGAACCAUUAAUUUGAAUAAGAAUGAUGAUAUUAAUUUGUUUGGUCAACUUGGGCACACCCUUUGUCUGAAGUGCUCGAUGGUUCAUUGCUCUGCUGGAAUGGCAAUGAUGUAACCUUUUCUGGGCGAUCACAGGCAAACAUGUUCAGUUCAUGAAAGUGCCUGUCUCGGCCCCUGACAAGCAUGUACAUCAAAACUUUAAGUUUCUGAAAACAUCAAAGAAAUAUAAGAGAAAGCCUUUCUUAUGAGUCAGACACAACAACUAUUGCUAUGAAUGCUCAAAUUGUAAACAACAAAUAUAACAGCAAGAUAAUUUAAAGGUUCUAUAAGGAACUUUCAAAUUGUGUCACUUAUGGCGCCUCCUGUGGACAAAGUAGUUUUUCUUAUUUUGUCUUCCACAGACUUAUAAAGUAUUUUAGGUCCAAAAAUAACAGUCAAAUUCAUGAUUCUUUUUGAGUAUUUUAUGUGGGUGCGUGGCUUACACCUACCCUCACACACCAGUUUGAGGCAUUAAAAAUUACAUCUCAAACAUGAAAAAUCUUGCCAUUAUUGGUACAGUUUGCUUUUGCAUAUCAUAAAAAGGCAUCAGUAGGAACAUCAGUCUAGUUCAAAAAUGUGAAAAAAGGCUUUGCAGGAGCUUUAAGUGGUGUAGAUAAGACCCCUGGAAUAAUAAUUUGAGCCCACCACUGGUAAAAACAAUCAUUUUUAGUCACUCAGCUAUAAUUUCAGGUGAGGAUUACCCUGCAGCAAGGAUUAAGGAUUACAGCUGUGGCAUGGGUGCUGGUUGAAAUAAUCUGCCGGAGCAUUUUGAAUCACUUUGAACCUGCCUCUCAUUUACACACUUAAACAUAUGAAGUAGGACGCAUGUUGAAGAAUACAGAAAUUCCCCUUUAAAUUGAAUGUAUCAGCUACACUGAGCUUUAAUAAGAGGCUUGUAAAGUGGUGUUCCUGUAAUAAAAACAACCUCUUCUCUCUGCUGGAAACAUCCAGUAAUGCUGGAGAGCGAUUGCCAGCCUGCUGUGCUGCGUUUUACUAGGAGGUUAAUAAUGCUGAGUCUGUGCUACCUGCAAACAGCUUUGAACCGAGGAGACAGGAGUAUGGGGGAGGGCUGGGUCAGAGGAGGACGUAGAGAAUGAGGCAAGAAAACAGGAAAUUUGGGGAUGAUGUGGCACAUCAAUGAGUGAAAUAGCAGAGGGAUGAUUGUUGAGACACACAGAGGGUUAUUGGAAACAUUAAGGUUCAUGAAGUUGAGAGAAGCAGUGGUGGCCUGUACGUGUGGUUAUAACCAGGAGGAAAGUGUCUAAAGAUUUACUCAGCUCAGUGCUCUCUCAAAUUCCAGCCAAAAGGCAGUGUGUGUAUGUUUGUGUAAGUGUGUUAGUCUAUGGGUGUUUGGGGUUACAGUGGUGUCUGUGUGUGCAUGUUUUAGCGACCACCAAAAGCCUGGAAAUUUACUGAGGAGAUCGGCCAUGCUGAAGAACAUACAGUCCUCCCUCCCUUUUCAGAGUCUCCUCUCUACGGCUGGAGUCAGGUGUCUUCUCUGCUUUCCACCCUCCUCUCUGCCACUGUAAAGAAACCCACUCAGGAAAUGUAGAUAAUUCAGCUGUGAUUGCUAAAGAUUUGUAGUGGACUCCAGCCAGGCACCAGCUGCUCCUCUCAAAUGUCAAAGUCUCAGGUUAAUGCUAAACUUCUACAUGGCUCGGUUUCAGCUCAUUGAGAGGGAAGGAAGUGCAAGAGCAGAAGCAGUGAACAGGCUGCGGUGAGGUGUCUACCGAGUCAGAAAAUGGUGUGGAUAAAAAGGCUUCAUGUGUUAGCAGAUGCAGCAGGUGCAUUUUGAUAUAUUACUGAAUCAAAAUAAUGCACUCCUUGUGAGAAACUUGUCGUCCUCUCUGUGUGCAGGUUUGGGAUGAUGAGCUGGAGAGGACUGCCACUCAAUGGGCAGAGCAGUGUCACUGGGACCAUGGACCUCAGGACUUGCUUGCAUCUAUUGGACAGAACCUGGCUGUGCACUGGGGAAGGUGAGAUAUUACAAAACAGUUAUAUCUGAUCUGUGUUAGGCAACAAAUGUGAGAGUCUAUCUGUAUUAAUUAGGUUAUGGAAUGAAUAAAGUUUGAAUAUGGAAUCAAUAAAUAAAUAUUGAAUUUCUUUCCAGGGAUCAAUAAAGUUCUUAUCUUGUCUUAUCUUAAAAUUUGGGCUCUGUGAAUUGCGACUAUUGUUAGCAGUUUAAGAGUCAUGUGUGCAUCUUUUUCUAGAAAAGAGAUGAAUGAUUUAACUACAUCUAGCAUCCACAAAAAUAAACCCUUUCAGUGUACUCAAGCUCUGUAACUUAGUAUUUAGCUCAAGGCACUGUUUAAAGAGUCCUGGCUUAAUUUCCAAAAUGGUGACUCAAAAGUCAUAGUCCCUAAAUAAAGGGUAUUUUAUACAAAAAGCAGCAGCUCUUUAAAGAUACUUGUUGCCUUAAGAUGAGCUGCCAUACAGAUACUUUUUUGCAUGUGCUAUACAUCAAGAAUACUUGGUUGCACUAUUUUUGGUUGUUUUUUUUGUUUUGUUUUUGCAGUUUUUCAUACUUGCAAAAUAACAAAAUAUUACGUGUUGCUAAAAGGCUUGAACUUUAUACGUAGGCCUAAACAGAAACAACAGAAGUUAAGUUAGUCAGUGGUAUAGUCAUUUUUAUGGACGUCUUUUUAGGCUAUUAUUGUGAGUAUUUUCUGACCUGACAUGUCUGCAAGAGGAGAAGUUAUCUCAUGUUAAUUGACAGCAACUUUCAGCCAGAUGUUUUCUGAAAGAAAAUUCUUGGUUUAGGCUUAAGCAAAAGUAUUGCUGUACUGUGUGUGUAAAAUAUACAGCUUAAUGUUGUUGUGAAUGGGUGUUUUGUUUCAUUGACACAGUACGUCUUUGUGUAUGACAGUACUCUGCGAUCACAGCAGGUGCUUUUCCAGGAAUCUGCUCUCGUUCUCACAGACCCUUUACUCUUGUCGUACUCUCCUCCUUUCUUUCUGUGCAAGAAAACCCUGAUGUGUGGAGUCCUUUUUCCCACCCCCCUCUCCUCUCCACUUGUAGGCUCAGCACUUUUCAAGACCGUAAAAAGAGAUGUUUAUAAUAUGUGCUACAACUGAUUUGUUAGGCAGUGGAGCCAUGUUUAUGUUUGCUUUGAGUCUUUUUUUCAGUCUGAUUUGAUUUCCCCUGUUAUGGAGGGGAACAGACUGCUGUUCUGUGAGCCAGGUCAAACUCAGACUCAUCAUUUGAGGCUUGCAGGGAGGAGGAGGAGGAGGAGAAGCAGGGAGGCUCAUGCAGUGUUUCUUAAGUCUAGCCAAAGCACCUGGCAGCUCCGUAAGAUAUUUCCCUUUUGCCUGUAGAACCUGGAUGGCCUCUGACUGAGCCCACUGUUUGUCUGUCUGUGUUUGCAUGUUUGUGUUUGUGUGUACGUGCGUGUGUGUGUCUGUACGUGUGUGUGUACGUGCUCUACAGAUACCGCUCUCCUGCCUUCCACGUACAGGCCUGGUACGAUGAAGUGAAAGACUACACCUACCCUUACCCCCAUGAGUGCAACCCCUGGUGUCCAGAACGCUGCUCAGGGCCCAUGUGCACCCACUACACCCAGGUGAGCUGCUCAGGAAAGAAGACGGCAGGGGGAGUGAAGGUUAAAGAGUUCAGGAGAGAUUUUAAAGACAUUCAGAAAGUAGGUUAAAAGGGAACUUCACACAUUUUAAACUUCAGUGUCUGUUUGCAAUCAAGGAGUGACUCGCACAUGUGUGAAAAAGAUGAGGUCACGUUAGUCAGUGCCGGCUGGAGCUGAAGACUGCAGAAAUGUGAUGGCGUUGGAGUCAGAAAGAAGGAAGCUAACCUUCUGUAGCAUCUCAGCAUAAAGUAGUAAACAUUAUGUGGGAUGAAUAUUUAUGAAAAAUCUGUAAAAUUUCUAAAAAUGGUCAAAGUCAUAAAUACAUUUCACUGGGGCAAGUAGGGGCACAGCUCAGUUUCAAAAUGUCCCUCCAGAAAACAAAGGGUGACACUAAGGGUGAGACUAAAUCUAUGUCUAAUACACUCUAUAGUCUAAUAUUAUCUUGCUAUUAUGAUAUGAUAACUUUACUGCACUGUGAUACUAAAAUAGAUACUCAUCUUUUUGAGUUUUUCAUCAUAGCUCGUCCACCUUUCUGCAAGACUUUGCAAAGUUUGGUAUAAACGUUAGACUUUCAAGGGAUAAAUAAUAUUUUCACCCUCCUCGUGAACUGUGCAGUCUACUUUCCUCAAUUUUUUAUGGUAAAAAUCUGGUCUGUUUAGUAUCAGGUCAUGUGUCUUCUUUAACCUGUAAUAUGUAGCAUAUGUGGUUUGACAGGUGCAGAACAGUGUCAGAAUACAACACGUGUUGUGCAACCUGUAUGAUAUUUCAAACUAUUUAUGGGAAGAAGUCUGGGGGGGACUAAGAGGUUAAAUGACAGGCAUAGAUAAAGUCACUUGUAAACUGAGAAAAAAGGGAUGUUAGAAAGAUAAAUUGAACAUCAAAUGCAAAAAAAAAAUGUAGAAAAGAAUUAAAGGGUGGACAAAAUCAAUCAAAUGGGCACAGUAGUGUGUGAGCUGACCUCCUCUUCCAGUAGACUUUACUUAGUGGCUGCUGGUAUGAGCUUACAAAAAUGACCAGACUCCUCCUUUUGCCUUCACCCUGCAACCCGAUCACUGCCAUGUGGUAGUCAUUUCCAGACACAGCAGGCACUCUUGGCUGCUUGACCUGGAUUCUGCUGAAGAUGCUGCAGAGAAGAGACAGUGCCAAAUCCCAGCAUCAUCACCUUGUCUCUCUCUUUUAUAUUGCCGAAAGGUGUUGAUGUAUCGCUAUCUGGCCUGUCCAGCCAGUCAUACCCGAUCACUACAUGUGCAGAGAAAUAGUGGACCCUCUGUUGUACUAUACAGUGAAGCAGCGGCGCUUAGUGCUCAUCAGUGUGUGUGCUGACUCACCGCUUCCAGUGGCCUCUAACUGUACCGGGGAAAAGAUGAACAUUCCUGAGGAGGGAGAGAAAGCACAUGUUUCAGAGUUUGGGAGGAAAGUAAGGAGGAGUUAUGGAACAUGCUGUGUUGUAUUUGCCGUCAAAUGGCACAUCAUUCAUCUGCAACACCACUGCAGAGGCUUUCCGUUUAAUAAGGCAUUUUAUUUCACCUCGGACAGCUUUGGCCCUAAUCUGACUUCUGUUUCUUUAGAGUCAUGAUAUUAAAAAGUGACACGUUUUCCACUUAUUCUUCCUGAAGGAUGAUUGUGUCAUGGGUGGAAAGUGGGUUAAGACAUGAGAUGCUUUUGUCUGGGAUAAACGUGGCACUCAUUGAAGUCCCAGUGGCCUCAAUAAUCUGCCAGUCUAGUCACAUUUUCUUGAAUGAUUAAGUGAGAAAAGCGAGGCAGGAAAAGUCAGUGAAAUACUUCACCCUACUAUGUAUUCCUUGUGCUAACUUAAGCCCAUCUCUUAUUUCCCUCCUUCUUAACAGCUGGUCUGGGCAACCACAAACCGAGUGGGCUGUGCCGUGCACACGUGUCCAAGGAUGGACGUGUGGGGAGAAAUAUGGGAGAAGGCCAUUUACCUUGUGUGCAAUUAUUCCCCAAAGUAAGAUCAACAUUCCUCCAUGUUCCACUGUUCAUCAACACUUCUUCUCUCUUGACUCUAGUUUACAUUCUCCCUCUCUUAAUGCUGACAAGUACUACAGCAUGUUCCUGAUAUAACAGCAAUAUAGGUAUAUAACACUAGUUAUCAAGGAUAUUUGUUUGACAUAUUGGGGCCAUUCAGACUCCCUAAGAAGACAAAAACAGUGAAGCACAGGGAAAGAAAAAUAGGAAAUAGCGAAUGUUUUCCACGGGAUGGAACUCCCUAGAGACAAAAGUAUUUUUUUCUAAGUUAGUGGGACUAAUGUCUUUAAGGAGUGUUGACCACAGACAAAGGUUGCUUAGGUAAUUACAAAGCCAUGAGCUCAGGGACUCUUGACCCAUGAUUCAUUUCCACAUUAGUCAAGUUCUCCACUGUUUAUUCUGCAGAGGUAAUUGGAUUGGCGAGGCUCCCUACCAACAUGGCCGCCCUUGCUCCCAGUGCCCCCCAAGCUAUGGAGGAGGAUGUAGGAAUAACCUGUGCUACAAAGGUGAGCACAAACGCAUGGUUUCUAUCUGAAGAUGCAGUCCUCGUGAUUCCAGCCUGAUCUCCUUUCGUUUUCUCGUGAUUUCUUCCUUGUUCAGACUCAGAGCGCUCAGAGACGGAGGACAUGAAUGAGGUUGAGAAGCCUCAGGUUCCACUGCCACCCCGUACCACUGCCAAACCUGCUCCCAAACCUAAACCAUCUCCUCCAAAGAAACCAGCGCCAAAACCAUCCACUCCUAAGCCCAGCACACCCAGGGUGCCACCAUCAAAGACUCCCAGCAGCAUCUUUCUUGGUAGCUACAGACUCAGGGUUAUCAUAAAAAUAAAAAAAACACUUUAACUUGAGUAUUCUUUAUAUUUCUUUUCUUGUUUUCUCUCAUUUUCCCUUAGCUCAGAACAUUAAGUGUGAGACAAGACUGCGAGACAAGUGCAGAGGUGCAACUUGCAACAGGUGAGGCUGAUUUUUGGUCGUGAAACUUAUUCCUUUUCUUUUACUUCUUUUACUUCCUUGAAUCUUUAACUUCUUUCUCCUGCAGAUACAAAUGUCCUGCCAAUUGUCUGAAUAAGAAAGGGAAGGUUUGGGGAACACUCUUUUAUGACGUGGUGAGUCUUGACAGACAACUUGUAUCCUGCAACAAUCUAUACUGAGAAUGUAUUUUUUAUAACCAAUGUUCAAAUCUUAAUGUUUCAGCAAUCAAGUAUUUGCAGAGCUGCCAUCCAUUUUGGUGUUAUUGACAACAACGGGGGAGUGGUGGACGUCACAAGGAUGGACAAGUUUCCAUUUUUUGUAAAAGCCACAAAGAAUGGCAUCGAGUCCCUUAGGUACAUUUUAACUUGGUUUAAUUCGCCUGAAUCCCAUUUUUCUGAUUUAACACUUAUUAGGCAAAGAUCCCUGUAUCUAUGAUUCAUAAUUUGUGUAAUACUCAAUUUCCCUGGCAACCAUUUGCGACCAGAUUUCUUAACACUGUGAUGUCUUUUACAGUAAAUACAAACCAGGCAACGCUUUUGUUGUGGCCAAAGUUGAAGGUAAAUCAGGCUCCUUUUUUAAAGGCUUUUGAGUCAUGAUUGUACCAAGAUUACCACUGUCUGUCUACAUAGAUUAGGUGUAAUAAGUGUGUUUCACUCUUCUCUCUUUGUUACAGAAAUGACUGCUGACUGUUACACCACCGUGGCUGAAAUCUGUCCAUAUAAAAAACCUAACACAAACUGCCCAAGGUUUGUUUAAGCUUGAAAUAAUCAGCUGAAAGACUUGAUAUGUACUAUUGUCAUAAAAUAGAUGAAAAGAUGGGAAAUAAAGACAGUAAAUAGAAAUUCGUCAUGGGGGGAGUAAAAUUUGUUUUAAACUCUACAUAAUAAAAAAGAAAACAUGUUUUUAAGUCUUCCAAUCAACAUUUUUAAAAUACUACAAGGGGUUUGGAAGUGAAAUGUUGAGGAGGCACUCUUGUUUCCAUAAUUACAGACCAUACAUGCCAAAUUUUAACUACUUUCCAACUUGUUUCUCAGAAUCCUCUGUCCAGACAACUGUAAGACUCAGCCUUCCUACUGGUCACCUGUGAUUGGAAACAACAUCUAUGCAGAUGUGAGUAACACUGUGUUCUGAAUAUGUACAUGUUUAAACUUGACUCAAACCAGAGGUCCAGAUCCUUCUGUUGCUAUGUUCUAAAAGUAUUCACUGUAUAUUCUGUUAAUUCAGAAAGAAGAGCAAUAAUUAUUGGAUUUGCAGUUGGAUGUUUGUGUUCAUGAGUCUCUGGGGGUUUUGGUAGCCAUGGAAAGUCAUUGGCUCACUGGAAUAAUAUGUCUCAUGGAGAUAGGGAGUAAUGGAGAGGUAGUCUAAAGGCUCUUAAAGAUUUAUCACCCUGUGUUUGGCCUAAAUGCUUACAAGAGUCAUCUUAGACUAAGUGCCCUUGUGUAAGAGACAUGAGAUUUAGAAAGAAAUGGCAUCAUGAAAGUGGUUUACAUCAUUCCUUCACAGUAGAUGUCGUAAAGUCCACGUUAAGUGCACUCCGGGCUGACUGUCGUGGAUCAUUUAAAGGUCGCCGGUUAUGUAAAGAUACAGAAGGCGGAUGUUGUGUUUAAAGUGACCUUAGAUGGUAUCCAGCUGGCCAUAGUUCCUCAGAGAUCUUGACCUUGUAAGUCCCACAGCCGUCACAGAAAAGGACAGCACGUUUGCUCAUAGUGGCCCAAUUUCCCAAUAAAGUUUUGCCAAGUAAGUGAUCCAAAUGCAGAGGGGUGUACUGCACAGCGGGAUCUGUGUUUAGACUAGAAUGAAUGAUUCUGCUCCAGGCUGCUGAUAAGAGCUUGUGUUGCCUUUGACUGCAAAACAAACGCUUGCAUGGGGGAUGUAAAUCGGGGUCGGGUGGAGGUGUGUGGGGGGUAUGGUUUAACUCAUUCAACUUGAUUUAGAGUAAAAUAUUAAAUGACCUGGUUUCAAAAUGACAUGUUACUUUUAAGAGACGAAACUCUAGAAUCACUCAGUACAGAGUGAAAUAAUGAUAAUAAAUAACUUGGAGAUUUUUGCUGAUAUGAAAGUUGAUCAGUGUUUGUAUUUUCUAAUGUUUGUUGAUAACUGCACUGUAAUUUGAAUUCUUUCGAUAAUAGAGGAAUAGGUAUAAUAUUUUACACCUAAGAAGAUCUGGUUAACAUCCUUGUUUAAGCAUUUCUCUUUUUGUCCUUACAGAGCUCCAGUAUUUGUAAAGCAGCCAUCCAUGCUGGAGUCAUCAAACCAGAGGGCGGCUAUGUGGAUGUUCUGCCUCUGGACAAGAGAAAGAGCUAUGUUGGAGUCCUGAAAAAUGGAGUCCAGUCUGAGAGGUACAACUCCUCUUUUGUGGUUGAGUUUUUUCAUACUGUAAUUAUAACUCCCAGCUUAGGAAUGCAGCACAAUAGCAAAAACAAAACAGCAUGCCCCCCUCCACAAAGGCAACAUGUCAAAUAGUUGUAGGUUUCCAUAGUGACGUUGGAGAUAGUCCGAGUUCCUGAAAUAUACUGUAUAUUUUUAGACUGGGCUCCAAGCAGUCUAGUUAUGGAGUAUUCAAGGACUUUGUCUUGAAAUUAGAAUAACCAUGAAUGUUUGGACGUGUUGUAUGACAGUUUCAAUGAACAAGCAACUUCUGGCAGCUGUGAAACCAUAAAGCCUUCCUAUAUGUAAUGACUGCUCCUACAUUCAAGCCUGUGAAGAUACUGGGUUGUUUUGGCUACAAAAUAAUGUAUGUACAAGUACUCCAAAAAUAUGUCAACAAUGAGCAACAGGUUCAGUAAAGCCUGCAAAAAAUCUGAAUCCACUAAACUCUCAGGGGUGUCAGAGGGUGGUGGGAAUCAAAUCUGAAUCAAAACAUUAACGUUUUCCAUCCACAGUCACACUGUGUUUGGCAAAAAUGCCUUUCGCCGGCACACAACCUACUCGGGCACGGGAUGAGGUCUAAUUAGGCAGGAUUAGGAACACCUGUGUGGCUGGGUUGUUUCUGUGUUGAAUUUUUAGAAAAAUUCAUCUCCAAAACAGACCAAGCAGCCGUUUUUGUGUGACUUUAUUCUCUCUAUGCUGAUUCUUUUUUGGCUCCGUUUGGUACAGCUAACAAUAUGAGUCAUAAAACCCCAAAGACACCCGGAAAAGACUUUCAGGCAGCAAUAGUGUUAAACCCAUACAUAGUCACCCACAUAUAGUUUUUACCUUUACUUGUGUGUAAAGAGUAAUCCUUCAGUGCAGAUUGUAAUAAUCAAAGGUGCAUAUAAUAAACCAUGACCAUUCUUAAACAUACAUUUAGUUUUAGGACCAAACAUAGGCUACCCAAAAUUAUCAUGGAACACAUAAAAAAUCAGGAACUCUAUUUCUAAUCUUCAUAUUAUUAUUUACUUUAGCUAAUUAAUGCUAAAAAGAUGCGAGGUAUAAAAACGAUUGUAUUCUGGGUUUCAUCAGUGGUUAUAAAAUAUAUACUGUCAGUGCUUCAACAUUUGACCAUAUGGUGUGUGGUGAGAAGAAAACCUUGAGAUAUAAACGUAAAGUAAACAUUGAGAGAUUUUGUAAAAUCAGAUGAUUGAGUUUGACAGGAGAAUCUUGAAAAUGUCUGAGAGAGGUGCAAACAUUCACUGUACCAAACCUUUAUUUAUGAUUCUGGUAAUACCACAUGUAGUGGGUCCCUUGCAGACACUCUAUGUUUCUCACAUCACUCUCACAUCUGUGGCCGGCUGCACUGGACUCAGCUCAGGCUAGGAAACCCUUGUGGCCGUUUCUGUUGGCAUGUUGCGCUUUACGAGUAAUGGUGUGGUUCAGUGUGUGGAUGGGCCACACAUGGGAUCUUUGCUUACUUUAUCCAGGCAUUUCAAUUGAGCGUGCAAAGUGCUGAAUGGUCAGAAUACUGCAAGUCUGACUUCCAUGAAAUCUAAUGCAGAGCUGUGAAGGUCUCACUCAGGGCAGUGGGACAGGAGGUCAAUAGAGAGAGCUGGGAGGCAAAGCAAGGUGCCAACAUCAAGGCAGGGUGGGCAGCAAGGGCUGCUGGGAAGUAAAUCCCAGCAUAUCAGAUGACUCUAGGAUGGAAAUGAUGCCAGCCUUCCAGUCAUUAUGUUGUCUCAUGACCAAUUUUCUGCAAUCUGAGAAGAACUGCACAGGCCUUUUGUAUUUAUUGAUCGUGGCAGAGCUCCAGCUCUCUCCACUAAUGAACUGCAUAGAAAGUCAUCAGGUUCGACACGUGGUGACUGGAAAGGGUCUGACAAAGAAAUACAGCAAUGAUUAGUCAUGAUGACAAACUCUAUCAUUGGGUACUUUUUUAAAUUAAUGAGGCAACUUGGGUAUUGAUUUUAAGCAGGUGUUGUCAUAAUGUUGUUUUUAAUUGAUUUAUUUGGUCAGUCUUUAGAUUUACUCUGUUGGUUUAGUUCACUCAUUAAGCCCCAAACUUUGCAUUGAAAGCUAGUUAUAUAUUUAUACCUUUGGCUUUUUUGAAAAUGGAAACAGCCCUGACUGUGUCAAAGCAGUAACAUGAGAGAUUUCUUAGUUGCCUUUUUACCUUGUUUUAUAUAAAAUAUAAUGGUUGGAUAUGUUGACGUUUUGACUAAAUUUAACAUGAUUUUUUUCUUCAUGUUGUCUGUUUGCAGCAAGAGCAACACAGAGGGAGGAUCUUUCCGAGUUUUUACCGUGAGGGUUUGAGGCUCACUUCAGCAGAACAGAGACCAACAGAGGCAUCUAUGCUACUCCUGAAGGGCAGGAAGUGCCCACAGGUUGGAUACCAUGGCUGUCAGUCUCUCUGUCUGUUCUUUCAAUGGAAACAGAGGAUUCAAGCAGGCUGAUAAACACUUUCCACCUCCUCCUCAUGUUUGCGUUCAGUCAGUCAGUAAAUGUUGUCUGAUACUUCCAUGAACUUUAUUUUCUAAGUAAGUAAUUCCUCAUGAGGAUAUUUCUUUGACAUACUUACAUAAUCUGUGAAUACAGGAUGUUUUAUAUAUUAUGAUACAUUACACAGCUGGUGCUGCGCAGUUAAACAUUUUCUAUAGAAAGUAUUAUGUUUACAUUGAUGUUCUUAUUUGAAAAUGAUUUGGUUUCUUACACAGGAAUGUAUACUGAUCACACUGUAUUUAAUCAUUGUGUACAGAAUAUUAGAUUGUUUUUUAAAUUUGGUUUCAUUUAUUUACAUUUAAAUGUCUACCCUAAUUUCAUUGCUGCCUUUUCUUAAUACACCUCAAUGAUCCAUGCUUUAUACAGUUGAAGAUUUAGUCUGUGAAUCUUCAUCUGAGUCUAAAUUGUAUCAACAUUUAAAAUGGUGUGACUCUUGGAGGUGAUUUGUUUGAUGGCUGGCAGAUCUUUUCACACAAGGAGAUGAAGCAUUUUGAUAAAUAGAAGAAUAUAGAAGCAGCAGGAACUGCUGUAGAUAAACAACUUUUCCCUUUAGUUCCAUUUGUAAGUCAUAGAAGGUGAUUUGUUUCCAAGUUUACCACGUUAUAUAGAAUGAUUUGCACAGAUGGAUCCCUAGACCAGUUUUCAUAUUGAGAUAUUUAAUAGCAGCAAAAAUAAUAAUAAUGACAACAACUGUAAUAAUAAGAAAAAUAACAACAACUAUAAUAAUAAUAAUAGCAGAGAGUAGUUGUGUUGAGAUUUUCAUUUUAUAUUUAUUGUUGCUUGGUGCUUUCCUUAUUUUCUCAUUUCUACUUUUUCUGAAAGAUAAAUGAAUUCACAAAUUUGUUGCCUCCCCACUUAAGACGGAUGAAUGUGACAUGUUUCAGAGGUCCUUGUGUGUGAUAUGAUCCUAUUCUUAUCAUCAAACUACCGUCAUUUUUUACUCUAUGUUGUGCAUGCAGGAUAUUCUCUCCUGUAAUGUCUAUAUGCAUUUUGGACCAAAGUAGAUAUCUUAAAGUACUAAUGCCAUGUCACUUAAAAACAUAUAAAAUCCUCGUUGAAUCAGUGAAAUCUCUUUUUGUAUCAUAGUUCACCUUUAUCUUUUACUCUACCUCAGUCCUUUCGCUACACUAGGUAUCUAGGUCUUCAAUACGUGGGUAUAUGUAUGGGAUAUGUUACAGUUUUGUAAAGUUGCGGAAAAUGUAAAUACUUGAUUUUUUUGUUUUUAGAGCAAUCUUUUAAUAAGUAAAAUAUGAUUAAAAUGUAAAAAAUUGUGUUUUGUCGUUUUACAGGUGUAGGUGGGUUCUAUAUUUUUGCACAGUCUGAAAAUAAAGUACGAUUUAAAAAUGCAACCAAAUGUUUUUCUGUUUCAAUAAAUGCAUGAUCUGAAAUAUGUAUUUUAGAAAAAGUUUAAACUUGAGCUUCAUUCUGCUAAUUUUGCUCCAUAUAAUCUACUGUAUGCUCUGCUUAUUUAUAGCAGGUUUUGAGGGAAAUUCUAUGUCAUGUUUGGCAUAGCUUGUGUGAAUGUUCUGGGGAGCAGGCUAUCAUAUUUUCUUCUCUCACCAGUAUGAGAUCAUGAUUUUAUACACCAUUAAAAGUUUAACUUCAAUCGAGAGUAGAAAAAAGUGUGGAACUAAACUAAUACAUGACUACAUCGACCCCAAAAUGCAUACAUUUAGCAAUGUCUUCUUAAAGUGACAAAAUAAGACAAGACAUUAUAAAACUAUGAUCUCUCUUCUUUGUUACUUUGCCUACGAUCAGAUUUGAAUGAAAUUCAGACCCAGGCCACCCAGGAGUCAUCGUCACCUCAGGAAAAAUGCUUCCAACCAUGCUUAUAACCUUACUCUGCUCUUUGCGGACACAUGUUUGCACAGUUAAGUGGAACACAAAAUUGAAGCAAUCAUUUUUACACAGUGACCACAUGCAUUAUCUGCCAAUAUGGUUUGAGCAAAACCUGGAAUGAUGUUAGGAGAAGGAAAGAAAUUCUACCGACUCAGCUGAAAAUGCAAGACCUGAUCAUUUUCCCUUUCUUAUACUUCACUAGAUUUGUUUUAUUCGAUAUGCUUUCACCUUAAGUGAUCCUAUCUGACCCAAUGUUAACUUGUUUGUAAAAUGUCUGUAAUGAUUGAAGCGGUGCAUUCAUAAAGCACAUAAAACCUUAAAAAAGUCAUGUAAGGACAAUGACAGAAAGAGGAGACUUGACCAUUGUGAAUUAACUCCUCAAACCUCCUGUGCUUCUAUCAGAGGCAGAUGUUCAGACUCAGUUAAGCCCGGCUUGGCUUGAGCUCUGACUUUCUGACUGAUAAAAAGCUGCAACUGGCUUGUGUGAUGACUGCUUUACUCCCAUUGUCACUAGAGAUCAAGAUUUGUUCUAACCCUGUAAAUCUGCAAACUGCCUUAGAAAAAAGAAAGCUCAGGAGUUCAGUCCAACUUUGGGUUUAAGUGUCCUUAAAUGUGCUUUACACAAUUUUUCAUAUUGUGUGUACAACGACUGCAUCACACACACAGAGGGUGAUUAAGGUGUUAGUUUUGAGUAAGACAAAAGGACAAUUAUAACCAUUACAGCUGAUGAUCAGUGCAAUAGCAUGACCUCAAGUGUGAUAUUGCUUUUUUAGCUUCUCAGAGAAUUGACCAGAAUUAUUCUGUAAUCAGGAAACAAUUCUAAUACUUUUGUUGGUAUUGAAAUUUUUGUGACAGCUUUUGACUCUCUCCGGCUUGGUUUGCUGACUGUAACUGAUCAGCAAUGUGGAGACUGACAGCUGAACCAGAGAAAUUACUUAUUCAGAAUCUAAGGUUUGUUCAAGUGUAAAAAUGUGACAUUAAAUCAUACAAGACAUACAGACUGGGUUCAAGUUUAAAUCACUUCACUACUGGGCUGUCCCAAGGAGUUUUGCAUUGUCACAGUGGGGCAUCACUGAGUGCAGUUCUGCUAAUUAUAUUUUCACCACAAGUGUUAAGCAAGAAGGCCCAUUGGGACUAAGCUUACAAAAAAGAGUUUUAGAUUCAGGGAGACUGAAAUUGGAAGCAGAGGCAUGCAAAAGUACAGAGAUAAGGAAGAGCUGUGGCUGAUGUUGUUUUGACAGGAUUGUGUCUGGCCUCCUCGUUCAAAAAAGAAGAAAGAUUUGUAGACUGACGGCAGAAUGCCGAAACAAUCAAUUUUUAAAGAAACUAUCUGGAAAGUACCUUUGUAAUGGGUAUUAUUUUUGUCUCCUAUCAUCUAAUUCUUCUCUUACUACCUUAAAUCUUACUUUGUACACCCUGAAGUCAUAUUGUUCUUUCAUAUCCCUUAAUAGGAUUAGAAACUUGGGACCAAGGUUAAUGUUAGGUGUCCUAAUACUCCGGACAUUGAUCAUGUCAGUGGUACCCAGCAGAUGAAAUCUUCGUAAUCUCUCAACUUUACAUCAGGCAACACCAGCAGAAAGUUUUUACUUCUUCAGUGCAGACCUUUCCCCCCCCCCCAAGAUCUCUAAGAUCUUGAAAAGACUGGAAUGUUAAGGUGCGGCCAGUUGAGGUAGACUGCAGGGGCUUUGUAGCCAGUUCCACCAUAAGGCUACGAAAGGAGGUGGGAAUCAGAGGAAAGGCCGAAUAGAAGACCAUCAAAGAGCUCGCCAAUGUCGAUGAAGAGGCAGUUACUGGCUGCGGCAGAAGCAGAAGGAUGGCCAAUUGGAUGUUAGAACUGUUAAGUAGACAGCAGCCCACUUCUGCUAGACGCCUUCAACGGGCUCUGACACCCCAUAGAUCAAACCAACCCAGCCCAAAGAGCUUGUGGUGGGCCUGCCUCGAUACCUGUGUCUCGUGGUUAAAAGGUCGGAAAACCUGUUGACAUUGAGGUACACAACUGAUGAUGUGUUGUGCUGGUGGCCUGUGGUCACCACCCGGCCCAAUUCCACCCAAGAGAUCAUCUUUCAGUUGAACCCCACCCAAGAGGACAUCUCAAACCUCAGUAGUUAGUGCUGUUCAUUAAAGGGAUUAUAACAUUCAGUCCUUUUAUGCAUCUUUCAGCUAACUUUUUCUUCUUGGCACACAAAUGUUGUAAUUCAUUAAGUUGAUCUUUCAACGUAUCAAGCUUUGUUCAUCAUAAUUCACAGUUAUACUUUAUUUGCCAGAAAUGCACCAAGAGCUAACUACCAUAAAUUAAAUAGAAAAGAAAUAAGGAAUAUAAUGCAAAGGAUUAAUAUUGUGGUCAAGAUGGGGCCAAUAAAAGUCCAAAAUCAUUCAAAAGUGGAUAAAAAAUUAAAACCCACCCCCCAAAACACCAGGAAUACUAGACCCAUAAAGAGUAUGACAAUUGAGAGGAUGUUGAAACUUAUUAGCCAAAAGCUGGGCACCUAUUUGAAAAGGAGUGCAUCAUUUAGGAAAGAGGGUUAAGUGACAAUUAAACCUGUGAAUAAAACAUACACAAACAAAAUAGCAUGAUGAGAUGUGGUAAUUAUAUAUUUUUUUCAAAGAUAUUAAACAUUUGAUUGUAUUGCCAAACCACUCCAUAAACCUCCAUGUGAUAGGUAACGGAUCCCUACUGCUGUUAUGCUUGGUUUGGCCUUUCUUGUCUCUUCUCGGUAUGAAUGCCUCAGCAGUGAAUCUCUGGCUGCGCUCCACCAGGACUUUGUGUGAUUUCUGGCCCAGAAGGAUGCAAACCAGAGCAAGAGCACAAAAGCUCUUUGUUCGUGGCAUGAUGAGGAAUCUGUGGUGAUGGUGUGUAGUCAACCAAAGUGGACUGGAGCAGCUCAACAAAGCCUAGCUGCCCGUUAGAUCUAUAGUCAUGCCGACAGUUUGUCUUUCACUUCCACAAAGCACUUACAUUCUGGGAAGGGUGUUUUCAAGAUUCACGGCCCACUGAUCAAACACAAGGGUGUGGGCACAUACGCCAGUACAUUGUGGUAUGAACCAUAAUCCAUGUCGGUUUUCUCUGUUCAUGGAUGAAUAUUUAUGGAUGGUAAUUAGGAAACUGUCAUCUGAAAUGGCUUGGUCUGUACCUUGGGAAUUUUCAGAAGUUAACACAAAGACUUUAAGCUUGAUAACAGAGUUUUGACGUGACAUGAGCCACGUUUACAUGGGCAAAAUUUCUUGAUCGGAUUAAAAAUUUGAGUGAUCGGAUAAUCUGAAUCCACUAUUUAUAUAGGUAAUCCGAUCAUGGCGUGCACAAGGUUUUAUUCAGUUUAAAAGCAUUUGUAGGGUACAUUAGCAGAGUUGUCUGAUUCCGCAAAACAACCGCAAGAGGAAGAGCAUUAACGCCUGUGCUUUCAACAAACCAACAAACAUGGUAGUGGCUCACUCCAUUCAGUUCAGUAGUUUCCUCCCUGUUAAAUGUUGUCACUAGAUGGCGCCCUUGCGUACUUAUAUUACUGUUCUGUCAAAGGUUGCACUGUGCGUGCAGAUGUGACAUCAUUACGCUGUAUGUACGCCUUGUUAUGUCACCGGAAGAGCAGACACCGGCACCUGUGGUUAAGGAUUAUGCCAAAGAGUCAAUAACAAAACCUCCUGUACUGGCCUCAGUAAAUAAACCGACGUUUAAAGAGUGAAGAUCAAGUCAGGUAAGAGAGUCACGAUCGGAGAAAGUGUUUACAUUGACGCGUUUCGGAAUAACGAUAGGCAUGAACCACCGCUCUUGAUCGGACUACAAUUUCUUUCCGAUUGAGCCGAAUUGGAUCAGAAUUUUCCGAUCGCACAUGUUGACAUGACGCAUUUUUUUUUCUGAUCAGGCAUUUCUUAUGAUUAUUUGUGCCCAUGUAAACGCAGCUACUGUUUAAAAGUUUUUUUCGGUGUAGAGUUUUCAUAUCUGAUUUGUUACAGGCUUUAUGUACAUCUUUACAUAAAUAAGCUGUAGAAGUGGGUCUGUGAUGCUUAACCAAGGAACAAAAAUGGUACCACAGAUAUCUAUGCUUAGUUUGGCUCCAAAUUUUGAGUCAUUCUAUCAUAGUUUAUGGUAUUAGGUGAUUUAAGUAACCAACAAAUCUAACUUUGACCUCCUGGUGGCCUUGAAUGGUCAGACAACAGGAAAUCAGUCAACCUUUAAAGGAACAUCCACUGGGGGUAACUGUUUCUCUACCCCUGUAGAUAAAACAACCUUAAGACAUUCUCAAUAUUUCCUGGGAUGAGUGAAGACACAAAGAGUUAACGUUUUUCAUAGUUGCUUCUUACAAUGACAGUUGCUUAAUGAUGAGGUUUGGGUGAGGACCUUAUUCACUCAUCUACAUGACUCAAACCUUCAAAGGAUUCCCACAAGCCCAAUAUUUGUCUAAUGAUGGGUGCAAGAAAAACUGUUUCAUAAACCUGCUGUCAGUAAAACAUUCCAAAUAUAGCAGCCUUAUUAUGCCCAACAAAGAGCACACACAUAGUCAAGUUUUGUUUUCCAGCAUCACACACUCGAACCGACACAUAACACACACUGACCGUGGUUGGCUGCUCCUUUUGUACCCCAUGUGCUGAUCAUUGCCCUGUUUGGUGAGCAUAUAAACUGAUGAGUAACAGAAGUGUUUGUCCCCACUUUGAUCUGAGGGGAACAGUGAGACGAUAAGUGGAAAGUUAAAGUGAAGUAAACAAGCCUUGAGGCCCAGUGUUAUUGUCUGUUUAAAUAGCUCUAUCCUCAGAGGGAUUUUUCUCGUACACAGUCAGUGAACCACAGAAUAAGUAGGGUAGGACAACUUUGCAAACCUCUACAGUUUUUGAUGUUCUCUCUCUGAGGGAGGCUCUGAGAGUUCAGAUGAAACUAUCCUCAGGCCUUCUUUAGAUAGAAAUUUGUCAAAAGGGUUCCCAGAACUGACAGAAAAAAUCAAAACAAUUCAUGAACAUCCACCCUGAGCAAUAAGAGAAGCAAUAGUGAUGCAUUACCUGAAUUACUCUUAAACAGGAGUUUCUUUAGAGGGAGAUGCUGUGUUUUCUUUAAUCUUUGAAUAUACAGUAUGUGAACUGUUGCAAAGAGGAUCCUCAUGUUUUGGGCAGCACCAAAGAGAAUUACUGCAUUAGCAAAGUCACAGAAGUAUGGAAGCCAAGAACGGCCAUGGAUUUUUCUGUUUUUAAUUGAGAAGUGAGACUUUGGUCUCUAUAACCUGUUAGAAUUACUGUGUGAAGUAUCAGUAAUGAAGGUUUAGCUCAUAACCUCUCAAUACAACUGAAUAAAACUAUCUUACAGUGCCACAGUUGAGACUUCAGUGCCAUGACACUUAAGUUUUUACAUAUUAACAAUAUUCAGCAUAUUUAACCCUUGAUUGUUUCCAGCUGUUCGUACAGCAUAUUGUCACUGAGCUUUUGUUUUCUUUUGAGUUAUAUAACCCCUCUGCCUCACUCUCUUUGUGUCACACACUGUACAGUACAAUGUGAGUUGAAUCUUAAGAGGAGGUCAUAAAUUGUGUCUCUAGCACUCCUUGUCUGGGGCUCUUUUCAAGAAUAGAAGACAAAGCUGUUUGAAAAUAAAAAGCUACAGUAGCUGUCUCCUUAAGGUAUGCAAAAGUAACUCCAUCCUUAAUUUGACCUUUCCAGAUUCAGAGAAAACAAAUUCUUUUACCUGUAAACGCUAACCCCAAUUUAAUGCACCAGCCAUUUGUUAUGGGGAAGACUGCACAGAUGCGACCCAUCCAUCACACGUACAGAGAGAUAAACUUGUCUGAAUGAUAAACUUUGCUCAGGUUAUAUAACAGACUGUACUGAUGUGUGGAUACAGUAUAAUGGUCAAAUAUCAUGGGGUGUACAUAGACACCCAUGUUAUUGUUUGAAAUGUGGUGAUAAAUCAGGACCAAGUUUCCACUCCAGAUAUGGCUCUAUCACUCUGAUGUAUUUUUGGAGGGGGUCAGAAUCCUAGACCCGGUGGAUUUGUUGUCUUGAGUGAUCCACUGGAAAAUUCAUACCACACUGACAACACAGAGGGGCAUUGUUUAAUUUUGACUUGAUAACUCAACAACUGAACCAUCUGGGGAGUCUUUGGGGUGAAAUGUGCCAUUCAGAAACACAGUGGUGCCAUUAUUUAUAUCGCCACAACAGCAGGGAGCAGGAAGUUGCUACGGUGGUCCAACUAUGGUGGAGCAAAACAAAAGAGACAAAAUCACACACAAUUAAAAAACCCAUUUCUUCAUGGAAAUGCAAUCAGACCGAGACACAAAGGCAGAAGAACUACCACAUCUGCAGUGUGAAAUGAUUAAUAUGAUGAUUAUUACUUCAAGGAAAUAAUAAAGUAAUGAUCAUCAUUUUUCUUCCUUGAGCUGCGUCACCCCGCUGCAGUCAGUGAUGGACUCGCCCGAGGUCUCCGUACAAACAAGGGGCUGCUGGAAGAGAGUGGUUGAGUUGUGUUUAGUCUCUUUACUAAACAAAUCAGGCAAAGCUAAAAAGAUGUUUGGUAGUACUAUGGCUUUGACCCUAUAUGUACUGUUGAUGAAGUUAGGUGCUGUUCUGAGCAUUAUUUGUGGCUAUAGAGUGGUGUUUUGGUUGAGGUUUGUGUAUGGCUCCUGAGACUGCUGUGUAUUGCUAUCGUGUGGUCAUUACUAAAGUUGGUAUAACUAGAGAAGCAUGCGGUCAGCAACAUUUAUCUCUCGAGGGGGUGUCUAACUCGGUGUUGCGGUGUGUUUAACCCUAAAUUAAUUUUACGCCGGGAUAUCCCUUUAAUCACAUUCCAGUGAACCCAUUACUGACCACAGCCUGGAUUUACAAGAAUCAAUAUUAUAUCUACUGUAAUAUAUUUACAAAAUUGAAGUUUCAAGCUCAUAAAAUCCACAAGCAUUUAUGGUAACAGCAUCUACAGUUUCUAUAAGUUGACUAUACUGUUUUGAGUACCUCUCAUAUUCGCCCAGGUUUACCCCUUUUUCACAUUUUUUGGACACUUUCUGUAUCUGAUGUUUUUGAACAAUGUACCAGUCACUUUUACAUUUGAUCAUUAAAACAGUCAUAACCAAUUUAUAUAACUUAUAACAGAUCCUCUAGAGCCACAAAAGUCCCAUAAACAGACUUAUGUCUUAUGUUCUCAUGGAGCCCAGUGGAAUCAGCAAUUCAAUGAAUGCCCUGAGGACGCUUUCCCAUGUUGCUGAUGUCAUAUGUGCUUGCGUUUGCACUGCCAAAACAAAUGUCAGCCCGGACCUCCUCAUCCGAGUCCCAGCUCGUGGUGGUGAGUUUAUACCAGACCUUGAAAGUCCCUCGCAAGUUGUCUUUUGUGCAGCGCUCGAAGAGACUCUGGGAAAGGUUUGUUUCCCAGAAGAAACGGGCAAUGACGAGGGUGGGACAGGUUUUCUGAAGCUGAUGGUGGCCCUUUCCCUGGAGCUUUGAUGACUGGCAGAACUACAGAGAAACUAAUCAUUUUAAUGAAUAAUUUAUUUGAGUUGUUUGAUUUGAUCUCCUUUCACAUUAACUCUACAGAUCUAAUUGAGUAUAUGGGCCAUUGUUGAAUAAUUAAUCUUUUAGUAUUCCUUUUGUUAACUUUUACACAUGAGCUGUCAUCAGUCAGCUUUCAUGAAUGUUUGUACUGUUUGCCUUCUAUAUAGUAAUGCAUGAUUUUGUAUGUUUCUGUAACUGUGUAUGGACUUCAUUUGAUACGCAUUGUUUCUGCUGACAGAGAGCCAUUAAAUAUGUUAUCAUGGCAUACACCAGAAGUGUUUAUCUUUUCUGUUCUGUAAGUGAUAGUCACUGGUUUUGAUAGUGGGUGGAUUUCAGUAUUUACAAGUGCAGUUAUAUUUGGAAUCUGGUUCAGACAAGACUCUGAGGGGCAAGAAUACAAGGAAAAAGACUCUGUCUCUCCAAGAACCAUAAAUUAAGUUUUGGGAGUGGUGGUUUGACUUUGACGCAUUUGCCAACCAACUUACUCACUGGUUGUGGUCUAGUGUGUUUGCAGUUCAAGGGAUCAGACUGCUGACGGGAGUAUGAACCCAUCCUGACGCAUAUCAUUUUAAAGGGGACUGAUGGAUGUCGCUUGAGAUGAGAAGCUUUCCUGGAACUCAUUACUUGUGUCUGACUGACAAAUAAGCUGGAAAAUAUGGCUGUCACAGAAAAGUGUUGCCCACACUUUCUAACUCCGUGUCUGUGAUUGAUUGAUUGACAGUCAAAGAGAGAAACUAUCAAGAAAGCCGGUGGCCACAGAUUCUGACAUGAAUAAUAUUCAUGGUGCAGGUCAUAUGUCAUCAUUUCCCAAUCAUGGCUUGAGCAAACCUUUUGAGAAUUCGGUUAUUGCAUUCUUAAAGAUCCAGGGUUGCUUUUUUCAAUCAGUGGUUGACUUUAAUCCUUCACAGUAUCUCUCAUAGGUAGAACUUCCUGGUUUCUGGUUUUGUAAACUUAUUCAGUAAGGUUUGAGACUGAGGAGAAAAAGUAAAGUUUUGGAAGUUGCUGAGAAAUUGCAUCUACCUCUAGCAUUAAAUCAAGAGGGAAAGUUGAGUAGUCUGAGAGGAAAAGGCAGAGAAACAACUGGUAGACAUAAGGCCAUCUGAGCCCAAUCCUCAGAUUCAACUGUUCGACAGACAGUUUAUAAAAUCUAAAAUAUGUAGUAUCUCUGGGUGACCAAGAAAUUAAAAGCUUUUUAAAAUAAGCUUGUCUGCCCUUGAUGAGUUUGUCCUUCAACACUCUUGAAAAAGCAGUGGGGUGUCUUGUCUGAACUAGUAUUAAGGGCCCAGCAGCAUGUGUCUAUUCCUUCCCUUAGUGUUAUGCCAGCAGUAGGUAAAUAAAUGAAUGUCCAUGUUUGUCUUGCCUGUUUUAUGUAUGUUUUUUGGGAUCUCCAUGAUGACAUAAAACUAAUUUACCUUUUGUCCAAGGCCAGCCUGCCGGCCUAGCCACCAUAGCCAGUAGGGGGAAGUGAGGGUCAAUAUAAAGCGAUCCCGUUUUACAUCAUUACAUGCAGCCUUAUGUCUCUGCCAAUUAUAAAUAUGCUGGUAAAAAAAUUUCUAACCCCAAGUUGAUAUAAACAGGUUAGCCAUUCAAACUACAAUUUCAACUAUUAUCCAAAGCAAAGGUUUCUGUAGUCACAGGAGAGAAACUAGGAAUAACCUUCUUUAUAGCCAACAACACUGUAUGCAACAUCAUCUCGGGUUCACGGAAGAGAGACCAAAGAAAACUUUCGAACCCUUCAACACUCCUCUUCAUGGCGCAAUCUAGUCUUGCUGCCAAAAAGUACAAAACGUGAAAUGAAGACACUCACUACUGGAGAGGUGUGACAAAUGACUUUUUAAAGUUUAACCGAAGGGAACUGAGGAUAAAAACACAUAAUUAGAAAUGAAUGUCACAUCUGAGAGGUCAUGAACCGGGUCUUUCCAGGGAGGGUUAAUUCACAGCUUGCUCUCAGAACCCUUCAGCAGCCCCACAACUGGCAACGACUUUGACAAAAUGAACCAACAUUUUUUUUAUUUUGGCACUUACAAGUUCUUUGUAGUAACACCAAAAUGUCUUAGAGUUUUUCUCAAAAUUAUUGGUAUUAAAAGUUCUUUACACAUCCAGGAAAGUGAGCCGUAUGUCCACCCCAACUAUAUGAAACUAAAAAUACUUAUUUCUGAGACAGAGACAGAUUGGGGUUUAUGAUGAACACAUUUUUCUCUCUGUCAACCCCUUAUGUCUCUGUUUUUAGUGUUUGUCAUCUCCUUCCUGAAUUUGUCUUUCCAUUUCUCCAAAGUUAUAAGUCCUUCCCAGGAAAAAGAACGUAAAUUUUAUUUAGCACUGGCAGCUCUAAUACGUUUCUGGAUUUUCCUGUCUUCAGUGUGUUCUAUCACAGAGCCAUUUAUCUUCAACCCUCCCUUUGAAAUCAUUGAGUCUCUAAAGUCAUUAUGUAACAAAGAGAUUAAGGCAUCAGGCCAUUAUGUGACUCUCUGACGUCCAGAUACACUUAGCUCUGUUUAGGUUGUUUUUAUUGGUUUUUGUCAGUUAGCAAAGUGAAUCUGCGUAUUUGUGUCCUGUACAAGUGCAGUUACGAAAACAGUUUUAUAACUAACAUAUGUUUAACUUCAAGUCUGCGUAAAGGAGGGUUUUCACAUGUGUUUCUGAAAAGGUUCUGUAUAUGCUAAGAAAUGAAUGUUGAAACCAUGAAAAUUGUGUGACCACUAAACAAACUUAUGAAUUUUUAAGUUAAACAGUAAAUCCUAAUUUCAUCAUUUUCAAGUUCAAGAUUUUGUGGAAAUGGCUGACAAAGAAGCUCGAUGACACACCAGAGCCUCCUUAGCAUAACCUCACCUCUUACAGAAUAAAAGUCAAAUGUUUGAAGAGCUUUUAUUAACAGCAGUAGAGUUUGCCUGCUCAGUCUUGAGUUACUAUCCCCGCUACAUUUUUCACAGUAAUAAAUAAUGUCUGACAGUAGCAUUAACCGUAGGUUGUAUUAACACACAGACUUGUCAUUGCUGACAGAAUACCCUAAGUAUUUGAUAUAAAUGUAACAAACAGGGAAGUAAAUUACAUACAGAUCAGCUAAUGUAAGUCUCUACUUCUUGUGUCUGUUCUUCUUGGUAUCAACCUGGAGUCUUUCCACAAUCAACAGGUCCAUCGAGCAUUUUUCAGACCAAGAGAUGAUUGACACUUGAGAGUGGCUGAUAGGAAUAGUCAGUGAGCCUACACAACCCAAACAACACAAAAAUAGAUGUAGCCACUUUUUUUCUAUUUUUUUUAACCAUGUUUUAUGUUCCUUCUGAUUGUUUUCAAUCUGUCAUAUUUGGCUGGGUGGUUAACAACACAUUUUUCUGGUGUGACAACGUCAGAACACAGGAUAAAAAAAGUCCAGAUAUGCAUCCAAUGUAAAUACAGAAGUCAAAAAACAGAAAUGGUCUGACCACAUGAAAACAUGAUGAUAAAAUGUGUUUGAAGAUGAGUCCUUGAAGAUGAUUCUGUCUGACAGUUUAAGCUCUUGGGUGGCUCCAAACCUCGAGGCCCACAUGGAAAAUAUCUGAGUGACAAUUAAGACUCAGCUUCAUGGAAAGUUUUGCUUCACACUGAAGACAAAAUGUCCUGUCAGGCUCAGUUUAUGAAGACAGAUAAUGUACAAAAAGCUUUCACCUCUGCAACUCCUUUCCCCCCAAAGUUUGUUAUAUUGUACACAAUAAUCCUUAGCAAUGAUGGAGAUUAAUCACCCUAGCAUGAAUAUGCUCUCAAUUAUUCCCCUUUUUAUUGUAUUUAUUUGAUCUGAGAAAUACCCUCCCACAAAAGGCUGGACACAUGUUUCAAGAUUUUGACCAGAUCUCCAAGCUUUAAAAUGUGCCAGAAAGUAUUAAGGUGAGGUGCUCUGUACCUAAUAAAACUUUAUUUUCUUCUGUUUUCCUUGUUAGGUUUCCAAGGAUCCCUGCUAACCCUCUCAUGCUGGCAUUGGUAGGUGUUGAAAGCAGGCAGGCAGUCACAUCAGGUUCUACACACUGUAUGUUUGUCUAAGGACAGAGCUAUCUGAGGUGAGCCAGAUUCAAAGGUCAGAUCAGCUGCUGGGGCAGAGAAAGUUUACAGAAACUUUGACAGGACUAGAUCAGAAAAUAAAGCUCAUCUGAUUUUAAUUCACACAAGACUUUGUUUGUGAAUAUGGCUUACAAACACUGUAUGUGCUUUCAAUUACCCUGCACUAGAGUUUCAAGAAAUCUGUAUAAAACAGACUUUAAAAGCCUGUCAAAGACACUGUGAUCCUCCAUUAGAAAAAAAAAAAAGUCUACUGCUUGUUGUCCACGUCUGCUCUCCAGCUGUAUUUCUGAUGAGUCCAGACCGCAACAUUUUAAUACUCUCCCUGUUACAUGUGUCAUUCCAGAAACCCUCUGCCAGUGACCAGAUUGUAAGGCCUCUAAAACCCACGGUAUAAAUUAAUCUGAUGUGUUAAUUUGGGGAGCUAAUGCACAUAUGGGAAGGAGUUACACACAAAGAGGUCAACCUUCUGAAGUCGAGACAUGUUGGUUCCUCAUACAGUGCUCUAUUUGUGGUGAAUAAUGGACGUGUCACAGAAUGACUCUACGUUGGAAAAGUCAAACUGUUAAUUGCCAAAUUUAUGAUUCAGCCUUGGAGAAGGGAUAGCCUCAUAAAACUGUGAUGUGUGAUUUUACCUCUCUGCCUGAAGCUUAUGCCAUCUUAUUUCCUCGUUUUCUUAGCCUUUCUUUUAUUCAAUAGAGAAUUUAGUAUGAAUUAACUUGUAAAGUAAAAUGAAUUAGGAGAAAUGGUAAAUGUCACGUCAGAAGUCAUCUGUUUCAUAUCGAUUACUAUAUGAAGAUUACUGAGAGCAAAGCUGGUACGCUGUUUAACAUUGCAUGCUCUGACCCUUAACAUGGCAAAAGAGGAGCAUGGGAGAUUAAUAACAAUGAUUGUUUGUGAACAGCAGAGGAAAACCAGAACAGAUAAUAGAGAGGAGAAGCUGGUGGUCAGGUGGAAGAGGACACUAUUACACGCUCUCCAUAUAAAGUCUUGUUACCGCACAUGAGCAAGUUCCAUUAAAUUCAAUACAAUGAGACAAAAAGAGUCUGAUUCAAUCUAAUGAGAACAAUCUGGCUUCAUAUAGGGUUAGUCAAAUGCAGGGACCAGCCAGAGUACAAGGGCAGACUGUCUGUUACAAGGGCUCAUUACAGCCCCCUUGUGGCUGUAUCAAAAACUGCAUGUGUGGAUUUAGAUAUGUGAAUAUUCCAAGUUUAGCUUUGUACUUUGAUGCCUAGGCCCUUUUAUUUUUGUUUAGAACAAAUAAGGGUAUAAUUUCAACCCCAGGCAAAAAGUUCACACACUUUUUGAGCUAACCUCCAUUUGAAAAUAACUUUUUGGUAAAGUAAACAAUAGGUUAACACAGUUCAUGCAACAAAAGCAACAGUUCAGCCAAGAAAAAAAGGUGUCACUAUUGUUUAUGCUUAUGCCCCAAAUAUCAUUUCAUAACAUAUUCAUUUUUUCUGUAUAUUUGGUGCUUUGUCAUUUACUUUCAGUCUUUACUGUGUUUACUCCAAACAAUACUAAUUAUUGACAGGACUGUUUGUUCUGCAUUUUGUUGAUAUUUUCCAUGAGUGAGAACAAUACAGGUGCAGAACUUUGUCUUUUACUUGCUCUGCUACAACACUGAGAGGAACACGUAUCUACACUUACCAUGAAUGUCCUGUCUGUCAGGUAGGACAUGAACCAUCUGUGAACAACACCUGAGAGGCCAAGUUAGGCAGGGUAAAAGAAAAGUGUGGUCUGUUGGAACGAAGGCAGCACUAAGAUCCAGCAGAACCAACACUUUCACCUUCUGUACAUCAUAAUCUAGUCUUAUAUCAUUUAAAAUCUUUACUAGGGCGGUCUCAGUGCUGCAGUUCACCCUAAAACUAGACUGACACUUUUCAAGAAUAUUAUGAUUGUCUAGAAAUUCUUUAAGUGGGAUAAAAACAAGUUUCUCUAAUAUUUUACUUAAAAAUGGUAAGUUAGACGCUGGCCUAUAAUUGUUCACUGUUAAACUGUUAAAAUCUAAAUUGCUCUUUCUCAGCAGGGCCCUCACCACUACCGCUUUGAAGGCAGCAGGAAAGACCCUGUCUGAAGAGAGCAAUUCAUCAUGUUUGAAAGCUCAUCUCUAAAAGAUUCAUAAAAUGACUUAAAAAAUGAGGUUCGGGAUGGGGUCUAAAAGACAUAUGGUGGGCCUCACUGAGGUGAAAACUUUGUCCAGCAUCUCAGCAUUAACUAGGACAAAACUGUCUAGUGUUUCCUCGGGUAAAAACAAACACUCGGACGUGUUAAAAGCUGUAGUUCAACUUGAUAAAAUGUUACAUCUGAUUGUGUUUAUCUUCCCCAUGAAACCUCCCAAUGUGGCACUUUAUCCUAACCACAAACAGAGACCACAGGAGCUGCCUUUUAGUUCCUCACUAACAACUGUGAAAGGAAGCAGCAGCAGAAAUACAAGUUUGUCCAGCAGUGCAGCUGUGUUAUCUCUGCAACAUAUGACCUCACUCAGCCUUUGGCAUUUGAUUAUAGGAGGAGGUUAAGUUGUCAAAAAAGCAUAAAAGCGACAAAAUGAAAAAUGCAAACAUUCAAAGAAAAGAAAAGGAGCCCUAAAUAAGAAAUAUGAAACGAGACAGGAGGAGGUGUUUUAUUCUUUUUCUUACAGCUUCUCAGGAGUCCUUUUAUCGAUCAAGCACAAACCGCUCCUUCACCCCUCUAACAGCUCAGUCUAAGCAGCAGUGAGAACAACUUUAAACAAAGGAGAUAAUAACCAAAUAAUUAACACAGUCAGAUUUAGAAUUAGAAAAUUGUUUUGAAUAUUUCAUGCAGAAGCUGCAGAAAGAGGCCUGUUGCUACACCUUCCCAACUCUCACCAGUUUCAGGCAAUAACAUUUCUAAAUAAAAAUCUGCAGUGUGGUCGCCAAUGAUCUAGUUUGAUUUGGACUAUCAUGGAAAAACUGCUAUAAAUUUGGGCAUAAAAAAUUGCUCAUAGCAGCUUUAAAGUACCAAAUAGAUGGCGAAUAAAGCCCACAACAGCAAGAAAAUGACACUGCUUAUUGGAAACUAUAUCAAGAGUGAAUAAGUAAAUUCAAGUAAUUUCAUCUUGUUUCAGAGAGAAAAUAGUGAAAAAUGUGGAAAAACUAAGGCUCUUUUGUUACAGAAUAAUCUUUAGUAGCAGUGUCUAGAGCCUGGACACGGAGCGAUCAGAAAGAGAAACUUAUAGACAGGGCAGAGUGUGGAACAAGCAGACCAGUUAUGCAUUGUGAAUCAAUUUAAGGAAGCACAGAAAUGACUGAUUGAUGAUGAGUAAAGUUGUUUGUUGGCAGCAGCCUCUCUGUCAGAGUCAGUGCAGUUUUGCUUAUCUUGUUUGUUUAUAUGCAAAAACAAAAAGCUACCCGUGUAUACAGAGGGAGAACAGGGUGGCAGCUUGCAGUGAAGCUGUGUUUGUUUUUGUGAGGUUUACUUCAGCUUUAAGUUGUUUUAUUGCACUCAUCCUGUGUUUGUUCUCCUCCUCUUCUCUUUUAUUCUCUUAUAAAAUAAAGCUGUUGCCUCUCUGCAUUUUCUUAGCCCUCUGCCUGGGAAUGACAUUGGUUCUCUGCUGUAAUGAAUAUAAAUCAUACUGCGUGCCAGGAAAUCACAGCUAGGAGGUUUUCUGCAUUUGGAUGAUUAAGUGGCUGCCAUCCAUCAGAGAUGUUUUCUUUUAUUAUUUCUAACAAACUGCAGUUUCUGUGAGCUGUAGAACAAGCUUAUAUGAUAGAACUACAUGGUGAGUGACACUUUGUAUGCACAGCUAACCACAUGCAAAAUACCCACAGUACCGCCUCAAACAUAGAUAAAAUAACAAUAAUGUGAAUGCACAUUGUGUCUCUGACUCUGGAGCUGUUUGAAAGUGAUCAGUCAUUGUAGGUUAUUGUAGUUUUAACAGGUCAUGUUAGGAUUAGCUUGCAGUGUUUUCUCAUGAACUGGUCUGUAUUUAAAGACCUAUGUAGAUGUACAUCCUAGUGUAAGGUGCCAUCUAGAGGAUAAGAACAGUACUGAAGGACAGAGGUUCACAGGAGGGGACAGAGAUGCUUGUGCAUCAUAUCCAAUCAGCAGAUAUUUUGACAGUGGUAGUUAUAAACAUUGUACUUUGCCACCAAGAUUAGUGUUGCAUUUGUUUUAAAGGUUCUGACUUCAGCAGGAUUUGAUAUGUAUUUUCUUAAACUUGCUGUAUUUUUAGGCAGAAGCUCACCAGCGUGAAUGCUGCACAGCUUCAGUGAUUCGACAUAACACCAGCUGCAUCUGUACUCUAUUUUUGUGCUUGCUCAUACUGUGUGGAAACCCUCCUAGCUGACAGAGGUCAGAGAAGCAGAGAAUCUUGUGAAUAACAAAACUUGAUUUCAGCACAUGACUCUAACCCUAACCCUAACUUUUCCCUUUCUGCUGCCUGAGCAGGAGGAAGCUGAGCGAGGAGUCAGACACCCCCAGAUAGAUGUGUGGUAUGGCUGAGUCAGGCUGCACAAAUCCUCCUCUGUUAUCAGAAUAGAAGAUCCAUAGAAGAUGGACUUUAUAUCCCUGCCGAAGACAUGUAUGAGUCCACGGGCGCUGCUUUUCCACACAGUGACUAACAGAGGAACACCAGCAGAUAACAUAACACCAACAGACAAUAUUCACUUACAGCAAUUUCCCCAGCUAGGGAGCAAGCCUGAAGUGUGCAGGCCAGUGAUGGCUGCAGGAUGAGGCAGAAAUUGACACAAGAUCUGGAGGGAAAAGAGAAGAACGAGUUAAUACGUCUGUAAUAUUUUUAGUUUUGGAUUAUGAUUCAAGGC